ACCAAAAGUUCUCACCCGAUCAGAAGACUCGAAUCGACCGAUGUGAACUCAUCCCAUGCCUCUGUCAGAUCACGAGAAACACCCGCUCCUGGUGAAACUCUGAGGGUCUCGGGUGUCCAAAUCUUGCCAGGUACAGGGAUGAUGAAGCCAUGGAGUCUCUUAUGUCUUCUCCUGGCAAGGAUUUUAAAUGCAGUGUCCAGCAGUGAGCUGCAGUGCUCAAUGUGGCCAGUGGGGGCGCUGCAUCCAGUACAGGCUCAGCUUGAGCGCUUGGAAGCAGGGAUUGGCUGUGGUGCCAGGGAGGGCGGAGCUAAAGAGACCCAUGUGAUUUCAGCGGCCAAAUCCUUAAACACACAGGUGACUGUGCUGCUGAGACCUUUGAAACUCUCUCGUCCAGUAAACAGGCCGGUGAUUCUGGUGCUGAGUUCCCAGAAUGCCGUGCGCUGGGUGGUAGAAAGUGAAGGGCUACAAAACAACAUUAAUCUGCUGGUACAGGUGUCUCAGAACUCCAGUGUGGUGUCUGUGAGCAUGUCCAUACGCGUGGUGCGGAUGCCGUUUCUACCUCGACGUCCUGAAGUCCUGCUGCGUUGGGUUCUUCAGCGGCACACCACCAUCUCUUCUCUCACACACAUCAUACACGCCAACCGUGUUUCUCUGAGUCUGGGAGAGGAUCCCAGCAUGCCGAGGGAAUGUCGUCUACAGCCUCGCUUCAUGUCUCAGAAUUAUCAGGUGUCUGAGUUUCAGGAGCAGGAGGUGAAUGGCUGCGUGACAUCCAGUGAAAUUGCAGACACAGAGGUUCAUAUCAUCAGACUGUGGUCCUCCGGCUCCACUCUGUGUGGCUCUCUUCAUGUGAAUGUGUCUGUCUCUCUGCUGCCUCCAGUUUCUCACUCAGGACAUCACAGAGUUGUUCUCAUCCUCAGCAGUGAUGCUUCAGUCAACUGGGCUUUAGUGGCUUCAGAGGUCAAAGGUCACAUCAGGGUCUAUUCAUCCAGCAGUGUAAGUCUGUUCUCUGAAUGUCCUGACCUCACCAUGAGCAGCACUGUGACCUCUGACCUCCUCAACACCCCUGACCUCUUAGAAUGGGCCAAUCAGAAAAACUUUUCUGAAGUGACCUCAUAUACAGAGGCUGACCUGGCCAAUCGCUUUAUCAUCAAGUUAAAAGGAAACGGACGAGAUGCUGGUGCUGAUGUGAGUGGUUCAGAGAGCUGGAGGUUUUUUCAGGAUGAUGUAUCUGUAGAGAGAAUCAGAGAGGCGGUCAGCUGUCAGUGUGCAGACGAGGCUCUUACUGUUACCGUGGAUACACACAUGCUACAGCGCACUCAGCUGAUGUCUGUGAUGAGCGUGAGUCUGCGUGACCGCCGCUGUAGGGCGGAGUUUAACGGGACUCACUUCCUGUUGGAUUUUCCUCUCAUUUCCUGUGGGACUGAGGGAGAGAUGGAUGGGAUGAGUGGAAGAGUGCGUUACACAAACACGGUGUUUCUAUGGAAACCAUCAGAGAUGUACAACGAGACAUUGGGUGUUCAGAUCAGCUGUGAAGCUCUUCUGCCGAGUCCUGCGAGUCGAGUGGACGUGUCUCCAGAGGAGGUGCUGAGGUACCAUCCCGAGCUCCAGAGGUCUCACACGCCUCCGCUGAUGUUCAUGGAGCUGUUUGUAUCCGACGCUUAUGAGAGGAGGUCUGUGGGUCCGUGUGUCCUCACAGCAAACGAGCGUCUCUACGUUCAGAUCUCAGUGGUGUCUGGUGCUGGAGAGGCCGUGGAGCUUCAGUCGUGUUGGGUUUCGCCUCUAUCAGACCCGCAGGCUCACAGCGACUGGUACAUCAUCAGACACUCCUGCCCACACGACCCGUCUCUCACACUGACAGACAGACAGACGCCUCACAGUCUCCACAGAGGACGAGUAGAACCAGGAAAUGAAGACAAGACAACACAGAGCGAUGACAGACAUGACAGUCUGCUGUCGCGCUGGAGAGUGAGACGCUUUAUAGAUGUGAGGAGACGUGAAGAACGCAGGAGACGGACGAGAGAAACGAGGGAGAGCGAAGGAGAAAACACACAAACGCUGCGUUUCAGUUUCAUCCUCGGGCCUGUGUUUAAUAACUCCAUUCAGUUUCUGCACUGCAGUGUGCGUCUGUGUGUGUCAGGAGAACAAACGCAUGAAGAGUCCUCGACUAACAGAGAGUGUGAUCACGGGCUCCGGAUACCUGCUCUCACGAACACACCUGCAUCACAACAGUGUGAGGACAGACAUCUUUCUCGGCCUGUGUUAGUCACAUCUCCUGUGGAGUUUUUGGCUCCUCCUGCUGGUAAACGUUCUCAGAAGCCAGCUGAGAUGUCGAGACAGAAUCCCUCACAGAACGAAGCAGACACGGGUGCAGUGCUGGUGGUUGUGUUUGUUGGGUUCGUGAUGGGUUUGGGUCUGAUGGGGGCGCUCUGGUGUAUCUACUCUCACACUGACAUUAAUGAGAUUAAACUGAGAGCAAAAGGAAACUUUUCAUCUUUAUAAGGAGACGCAGAGAAAUGCCUCAGGAAGACGGUUGCCUGUAGACCAUCGAACCAAAUGUGACCCUCAGAAACCUGACAUCACACCUGGAGGGGAAAUAAACACACGUCAUUUGUGUGUCGGCAUGAAUCAGCAAACAAGCAACGAGACAAUGUGUGUUUCACGUGUGUAGUUUUAUUCACUGUUAAUGUAACAACAGAAAUAAUCGUAGUGUCUGAUCAAUUUGUGUUAUGAGUUUGUCAUUAACAGUGUUGAGUAGAUUACUUUUGAAUUGUAAAUUGGUAUUUAGUAACGUAAUCUCUGGCAUUACACAUUUUUGGUAACGUAAUCUGAUAACUUUUGGAUUACAUUUAGAUUACUUUUGAUUUAAAUCUCAUUUUAUGUAAUAUAUUGAAGCAGGGUAAUUAUAUACUAUUUUGACAGAUACAACGGACAAAACACUACAUUUACAUUUCUGCAUUUGAUGCAUGCGUUCUCACUCUGCAUCAAAUGCCUGUGCUACGCUAAAAUAAUUUGUACAGGGUUUAUAGAAGUGUAAAAUUAGAUACACAGCGAAAAAUCAAGAAUGGACCAAAUUAAGGCGUAUGAAACACAGGUCUUUAAUUAACGGUCAAAUAUACACAUAUUAACUGCAUGACAUAAAUAAAAAAAUAUUUCUCACCAUAUAAACAUUAAAUCAUCAACCUAAAGAUUCAAAAAAUGCAAUUUAAAUGUGCAGUAAUUUGGUACAUAAUCUCUAUUUAAUUUGAAAGCAUAUGUUGCCAUGAUUUGUUGAUCAUUUCAUAUUUUACAGGGUAUCCACAGAGGCCUUAUAGACUAUGGGACCCAUAUAUUAAACUUCGAUUUGUUUUCAUUGUUGUUGAGUUCUCUGUACUAAACUGGAUGGCGCUACCUUGAAGUCCAGGGCCCCCUCGGGCUCAUGGUAGACAAGGGCCCCUUGGCACUGGCCCCAUUGGCUCGGUCAGUAAUCCAUCCCUGCUCUUCUGAGAGAGAAGGAAACAUGGAACUCGCCUGAUGUUUCAGAUGUGCCUAAUGCAGUUGUAGUUCAUGAUGUUGUUAACAACGUUCAGUUUUUUGCAAAGUUCGCUAAAUAAGACGAUGUGUCCAAAAUUGGUCUUGGAGGGCCGGUGUCCUGCAGAGUUUAGGUCCAAUUUGGCUCAACACACCUGUCUGGGAUUUUUAAGUCUGCCUAGUUAGUAAGAUCUUGAUUAACUUGAUCAGGUGUGUUUGAUUAGGGUUGAAGCUAAACUCUGCAAGACACCGGCCUUCCAGGACUGACCCCAUUAUCGUCAGGAGGCACACAUAUUAGUUGUAUGUGGCCUGUAUCUGUAUUUUGAAAAACAUAGAACCUGUGGACUUGCAUGUUAUGAAUGACCAUGCAUGGACCACAGCCAACUCCUCUACAGACGUGUCCAUAUGACUAUCCAGUGAAUCUUGGUUAAAACGUUUAAAAUUUUUGCUUGCAGUAUUAAAGGGAUUUCUUUCUUAAAUUCCUGGUUAUUGGGAACUAGUAACAUGAUUGAAAAGAACUUGAAUUAAAUUGUUGAAAAAGAAAACGUAGUGUAUAUAUUUAGUGAUAAAUAUUGUUUACUUUAUAUAAUUCUUCUGUAAUCUUUUCAGAGGAAAAUUUUAAGAAACUGAAAAACUUGUAUAAUCAGCUUCUGCUUUCAGUGCUCAAAAGCUUUAAAUAAGUGACCUGUCAAAGACAUUAAAGGCCCAGUAUUAGGCCCUUGCACACUCAGCUGUUUGUUUGCAGUGCACUGGAAAUGUUCAAAAAUGGGGAUUGUGUUUUUGUGUUUUAUUUUGCGCAAUUUGUGUUUUAAAUAAAUACAUAGAAUGUUCA